AUGGCUUCAGACAGCAAUAAAGCAUCCGCCGUUCGCCCAUUGCGGCGCGGAAAAGCCUGUUUUAAUUGUCGACACCUCAAGAUAAAGUGUGAUGGCGAGCGGCCCAUGUGUGGUCCGUGCAUCCGAGUUCCCAAAGAUGAUCCUUGCGAAUAUGCGGACACAAUGUCCCGUACCCAAGAGUUACAAGACACUGUUCAUCGUCUUCAAUCUCGUAUCGAUGAGCUCCAAGCCCAGACCGGUACCGCUGGUCCUUCAAGGCUUUUUUCUCCCUAUCCAUCUCAUUCAUCCAUGCGAGGCUCUCCUUUCAGCGAACACUCGGCUGGUUCACAUCGUUCCUACAUGUCGGACGAUGCACCGGACUUCGACGAGCCCCCGUUCCCAAUGAUCCAGCUUUUAAUCCAAUCCUUCUUACCGCAUGCUCUUCAAUUCGGCUUUUUCCUUGACAUACAAAGAUUCCACGAUGCCGCAUUAUUACCGUUGCCAAUGGGUGACCCUUUGCGGCCUUCCCCAGCCCUGCUUUGCGUCGUAUAUCUCUGGGGCGUGCGUCUUUCCCAGCUGCAGCCUCUUCUCGCUUCUGAACCGACAUUUCUUCGGAGAGCACAACAACAUAUUUCCACGGCGAUAUCCUCAGUUCUAGAGUCAUCCUCGACUGUAAUUUACACCAUCCAAGCUCAAAUUCUCCUUUCAACGUACCUUUUCCGCGUCAACCGACUUCUGGAAGCCGAAGUUCAUGUCAACGGUGCUGCUACAUUGGCCUUGAGAUAUGGCCUUCACCGAAUUCGUUCUAGCCGAGCGCACUCGCCUAGUCUUUCCGCCCAAUUAUCACUGUCAAUGACACAAUCGACGGACGCCGUCCAUGAAGGCGAACGUAUUCGAGGCUUCUGGGCUCUCGCAUCCCUGCAGUCUCAUAUUUGUGUUACUCAGAAUGGAAGUAGCACUUCUGCGGCCUUUUGUGUUCUGGAAGGGCCGGCCGCGGACAUUGAUACGCCUUGGCCUCUGGAAAUCACAGACUAUGCGAAUGGUGGUUUGCAUUCUGGGUAUCGUGGACAGGAAAGUAUUCGGCACCUGAUGACCGACGACACCUUCAAUGCGGGCUCGCCGGUAUCAUUGCUGCUUGCGAAAGCUAGUGUGUUGAUGUACCGCGCUACGAGAUUAGCUGCAACGAAACUAUCAAAUCUCUCUCCACAGCAGACAACUUCUCAUCUCGCUGCUUGUUCACUCUUGGAUCGCAGGCUUACACAGUUUUGGCAGUCUCUUCCGCCUAUUUAUACUGUCUAUUCUGACGGCUCCUCCGCCCGCUGCCUGGCUAUGACACAUGCACUCACAGCUGGAGCUGUCCUCAAGGUCCACAGUUCCUCGUCUAGAUCCACUGCGACGCGGGGAGCAUCAGUGAACACAUCUCAUCAAAGAACAUUAUUCGCAGCUCGCACCAUCCUGGAAGCCCUGGGAGACAUACGCAUCCCCGAUCGCGCUAUCGCCCAUCCAGUUGUGGGCAGUCUUGGAUUCUUUGCGUGCAAGACGCUCAUCGAGGAAUUUCAACGAGUCCGGACGUCAGACUGGUCCAUCCGCACGCCAACUACGGCCCAUCACGGCCAGCAUUAUAACUCGGAGGUGACGGCGCUCAUGGUUGAGGUGAAUGCGGGGCUCGCCACGAUGCAGGUGUAUGCGGCUGACAGCCCACUUGUCGAUCAUCAGCUACAGCAGUUGAGACGCGACUAUGACGGCUUGUAG